GUUUGUGCGCGCUGAGCUUAUUUUCGCUUUUUAUAUUUGAAACUCUUGUGUCGACGCUCGCUGCGCUUGCGUGUGUGAGUAGUAUUUGUGUGUGUGAGUGUGUGAUAUGCUAAAGCUAAUUCAAAAAGCCGCAACGAUCGCAAAUAAAUUGGCAAGCAAACCGGGUGCAUAUACUUAUUGUCUGACUGUCUGUGCCUGGCCUGGUGUUCUAAAGGCCUCCCCUAGCACCCGCACGCGUCCCUCCUACAGCUUGCGAUCCUUUGCGUUUAAAAGGUAACCGUUUUGCCUCUUCUCCGAGUACCCAGCACACAAAGUAUAAAAUCUGAUCGAUGAGCAACAAUUAUAAGAGCCACACCAGCGACGAGGCUCUCGUCGAGCAGCUGAGUCUGCCUAGAAGUGUCAAACCCCCGUCAACGCUCACCUAUAAACAAAUAUCCGGCGGCAUGGCGACACUGCCACGCCCCGACGCGGAGCAGCGACUACGCAGCGAUACAUCCUCAGCUCGCACAUGCGUCUACAUUGGCGGUCCAGGGGGAGCAGGAGGAGGUGUCGUCAGCAAUUCGUCGGCAACUCUGGACCGCCGGCAGCCACAGCGCAUGUCCUGGCUGAAUAUGCGACGUGCCAAAACAGAUGCCGCCGAACUGCCCGGAGUGACACCCUCGCCACAGACAACACGCAGCUGCAUCUCGACGGUGUCGAGUGUGGUGGACAGUGGUGGCGGUCGCACGACAGCCACCUCGGGACGCAUCAGCUCCAGCGGCAUCAUUACGCUCAGUGGAAGCAACAACACCCUCACAGACAUACAGGGCUACCACGAGCACGAUCAUCUGCACGAUGGCGUCUCCAAGAACUAUUCCUCUGUUUCUGCCUCGGCGUCAGGGCAUUCAGCGCACAACAUUACGACGGCCAGCAAUGCCAAGCUACUGCCCGCCGCAGAAGAUGAGUCAAAUCAACAGACAAAAUGCUCGGUGUUUCGUGGCCUUGUGCUGUGCAUUUGCUUGAACGUCAGCUUUGCGAAUGUGGUGCGCUUCCCACGUGAACUGGAUCGCUACGGUUCGGCAUACCUGUUGCCGUAUGUGGUGCUGCUGUUUCUAGUCGGUCUGCCCAUGAUACUACUCGAGAUAUCUGUGGGACAGUUUCUGGGCCAGGGGGCGGCGCACACUUGGCGAGCCUCGCCCAUAUUCAAAGGAGCCAGCAUAAUAAGUCGCUUUGCCUCGUGGGUUUCGGCAAUCUGGAUAUCACUGCAGGCCGUGCUUGCACUGGCCUAUAUAGGGAUGUUCGUCUCCAAUGGGAUACCCUUUCGCGAAUGCGUGGGCAACCUGAAGCUUAACUUGCACGGCUAUACAGUGACAGGCAACAGUGGACAAGAGUGCCUGCAGCAGACCUUUCUGACGCCGUUUUGGCGCAAUCCACUCUAUUUUGGCCUGCUGGCAGCUGGCUUAAUUGGCCUUUGGAUAGUGGUCAUGUUGUGCACUCACAAUGGAAAGAUUCUGCGGCGUAGUCUGUUCGUCUAUGGCCUGGCAGCAUUGGGUCUGCUGUGCGCCUUGACUGGCUGGGAGGUGCGCUACUCCUUCUCCCGCCACUACUUUCCCGAACUGUGGGCGUUCGACAGCUCACUGCUGGCCGAGAGCAACAUUUGGUUUAAUGCACUCAUACAAGUGCUCUUCUCGGUUAACUGCGGCUUCGGUGCGAUGCCAAUGGUGACGGGGAAGUUCCUGUACAAGGGUGAUGCCGUGCGCACCUCUGUCGUCUAUCUAUGCUUUAAUCUGCUGAUCAAUGCCAUCGCCGUAACGCUGUUCAUGGUUCAGUUUGAUUUCUCCUCAAAUAGCUAUCAACUGAUGGAUGAGCUAAAGCCACUGACUGCCAUCUAUGAUCGUGUUUUGUACGGCGCCCAGUCGGAGAGUGAGCUACUGCGUCAUCUUAUUCCUUCGCUCAUCUAUGCGCUGAUUAUCCUCUCCGCGCUCGUCUCCAUCACCGUUGCCGUCUAUACGUCGACUCGACUUGUUCCUCGCAGGCCCAACUAUGUGAUUUGUCUGAUUGCUCUGGUGGUUGCCGUCAUGUCCUUUGCCGCGCCCAAGUUCCUCAUAGCGCGUGUCCUAGACUCACGAGUUGUGGGCACUCUGAUCGUGACGGCGCUAGUAUUCGAGCUGAUUGCCAUUACGUGGAUCUAUGGAGCCAAGAAUAUCUACACGGAUUUGGAAUUCUCCAUAGGAAGGCCCAUUUUCCGAGGCUGGAUGUGGCUGUGGUGCAGCUGUCCGGCAAUUCUCACAGGCAUACUGGUUUGGUGGUGUGCCGACGAUGAUCAGUAUGAUCUCCUUGCGGGCUACUUGCCGCGCUGGGCGCCAAUCCUCUUCGCGUUGGCAGUGAUUCUCAUUAUUGCCUGUGUACAGAUCUUCCGCCAGGUGGAGUACAAUUUCUUUGGCAUGAUCUGUGAGGCCUCGAAGCCGGCAAAAGAAUGGGGUCCGGCCGAUCCGCUGGCUCGUCACUCCUGGAAGCAAUGGCGUUCCGUCUGCCAGGAUACAGGACGACGUGAUUUUACACUACGUCGCCGUGGUACGCGAGAUUACACGCAUUCCAUCAAGAAGGGUCAGUACUCUACGGCUCAGAAGUUGGCCACAAAUGGCCAGACAAUUACCCAUCAGCAGCAGCUGCAGCAGCAGACGCAACAAACGCACUGGAAAUCCUCCACGCCGGGCAACAGUUCGCCCAACUAUAGUGGUUCCAUGUUCGGUGACUCGGCCAUCGAGGAGGACAUCAGUGUGGACAAGUUCCCAGGCAUCAGUACACAGCAGUACGUGCCAUUCCAAGCCAGCGAUGGGAAACCGCUGAGAUACUCUCAGCGUGCCCGUCAAACAGCGCAGCCACAGACAUUGGCCCGAGGGCCGCCACCGGGGCCGACGACGGUGGAGAAGCACCGCGAAGUGGUUUAUAUCCGGCGGCUUUCGGAUGGCGGCAGUGGCAGUCAUGCGACACGCAUUGAGAUCUCGCCUUCCAAUGAGUCCAUUACCUAUGGUAAUGGCAAGAUCAAUGGCAAUGCCAUGUCCCGUAAUCCUUUGGGCCGCUCGACGGGAUGCUUGGCGCCGGCGCCGGCUCCACAGCCGCCCAACAGUCAUAUCAAGCGCUCGGCGAGCUCUGUGGUGAAUGUUAACAAUCACAAGCUACCUCCGCCUACGUCCGCCGCUGCUGGCGACCACAUCUGUUGGCGCAAGUUCAACAUUAAUCCCGAAGAAUACUCGACGGAGUUGUAAGCUGUCAUUUGUUAACUGCUUUAACCGUGGCCAGGCCUCAAAACGGGAACGAAACAUUCACAUUCAAAAAGACUUGUUGCAUCCAAAAUAAAUGUAUCUGAAUCUGUAUACUUGAUUGAGAGCAGAUCCUUUAAACUUUAAGCUACGAAUUACGCGAACUAUGCCCAUAUGCAAAGUGUAUCUUCUAGUUUUGAACUGUAUAUAUAUGUAGAGAUCAUGUCUAACGUUAGUUUAUAUCGUAAAUAUACUUUAGUCCUACAAACUAAGUACAUUUUUUAUAUACAUAAUUCUGUUGUCAUUCAACCGCCACAACUAAAAGAUGUCAUCCUCCAGCUGGAUGACAAGUAGUUAAGAUUUAUAUUAGAAAUUUGUGAAUGUGUGCGAGCAAGUCGUAAGUAUGUCUGUGUAUGUUUAUUAAGUUUAUAUAACUGUGUGCCUGUUAAUAAUUUGAAUAUAUGUAUGUAUUCGCUUUUAGUUUGACAUAGUCCUAUAAUUCUGUGUAGUAAGUGUACGAAUUUGCGUUUAACUGUUAAGUAAACUGCACAACGAUUACAAAAAAAACGAUCUAAUGAAAUAAAUGAUACAAUUAGUAAA